AUGUCAAAACCACAGUUUGACAGUGAUGGUUUUCAAAUAGUACCAUUAAAAAAAUCCACAAAAAAGAAAUCAACCUUAGUGCCUCGAAAGGAGGCAAAUUUUCAAAAACAAGAAUUAAAAAUAGACAUUGAAAAAUCGUACAAACGUAUACAAGCUGCCCAAGAAGAUCUGCAGCCUUCUGAAUAUUUGAAAGACGUAAUUAAAGCCGUAUCAAAAUGGCUUCAA